AUGGAGGAACCGAUUGCCAAGCCAAAGGUUGGUGAAACUAUUGUAGCUGAUUCUGCUAUUGAUGACGAUGCUUCUCAUUUAGAGGAUGAUGAGGAUGCUACUGGCAAGAAAAAUGGUCAAAAGGAGAGACGUAAGAUUGAAAUUAAGUUCAUUGAGAAUAAAACGAGACGCCACGUGACGUUCUCGAAACGUAAGCAUGGGAUCAUGAAGAAAGCCUUUGAGUUAUCGGUGCUGACGGGGACGCAAGUGCUGUUGUUAGUAGUCUCCGAGACUGGGUUGGUUUAUACUUUCAGUACACCGAAGUUCGAGCCCAUUGUCACGCAGCAAGAGGGAAGAAAUCUGAUCCAGGCGUGUCUGAACGCACCAGAUGAGGAGGAAGAACUUGAACAAGAGAUGGAGCAUGACAAUGACGCUGAGGCUGGGGCACCUGGGCCAGCUGUGCAGCAAAUGCAGGCUCCGCAACAGCAGGUACAGCAACAACAGGCCCAACAACAGCCACAUAAGGCCGCAGCCUUGCUUGGUGUAAAAGAGGAUAUAGCGGGCCAGCAUCACGGCAGGCUGCCAAUUCCACAGGAACAGUACCAAGCACAACAGCUUUCCCAGCAACGACAACAACAACAAUUGCAGCAGCAGGGGCCGCGCCAGGGCCAGUACCUUAACCAGGACCAAAAUGCUGUAUACCAACAGUAUUUCCAAGAAAACCAGCAAAACCAUUAUUAG